CCGUCCCGGGUCAUGUGACUCUGGAGCGCCUUGGCUGAAGUUUGUUACCCUGACAACUGCUGGCCCGCACUGACCUUCGGGAAAGCGCGGGAUUCAGAGGCAAAGGUAGGUCAGGCGUGGGCACUGGCCCUCCUUCUAAACUACCUUGGCGGAGGUUGUGCCUUAAAACUUUCAUUUGUCGGUUCUGUACCCUCCUUCGCCCGGCCUCCACCCCAGAUACGGCUUCGUUUACCUGCUAGCAUCCAAAUUCGCUCUUCCUGGGAGCCAGAACGCCUCCAGGGUGAGGACCUUUUGUGUUUCCAAUGUUGUAAAUUCUUUAGAAUGUUUGCUUUGGGAAAUGAAAAAUAUUGACAAUGGCUCGUUACUCUAAAGAGGAGCUGGAUGAAGAAUUUGAACAGUUUAUGAAGGAGCUUUCAGAUGAUUCUUUUGACAAGUCAAAUAAAACACCUAGACAACCUAAAGAAGUAAAGAAGAAAGAUACAGUGCCUUGGUGGUUAACUGAAGAUGAUUUUGAAGAUCAUGGACUGCUUAGAACAAAUGUAAGCUAUUUGAAAACAAAGACUUCUCACCCAGUGGUGGAAACAGAAGAGGAGUCUGCUGAAAAAUCUCAGCAUCUGAAGAGCAGUGGAACGUCUAUCUUAAGUGUUGACAGCUUGGAGACAAAUGAACUAAUAGUUUCUGAGCUAAAUCAUAAUGUUCUUGGAUUGGGAUUGGACACGUUAGAAGAACAAGAAGAAAAAGAGCAGUUUUUUGACAAGCUUCAGAAAGGCUUGACAUGUUCCAUUGAUUAUUCAAGAUUAAAUAAGGAAUUGGAUUCCAGUGACUCUACUCCUUUUAAAGGUUUAAACAGUUAUCGGACUAAUAUAGGACUAACUGAAGAUGAAAAUGAGAGUGAGUCAAAACAUGAACAGCUUCCAGAAAAUUACAGUGAUGAUUUUGAAGAUGCAGAGGAUGUUGAUUUACCUUUGUUUCCUAAAGUUGAAGAAGAAACACAUUCCAAAGAAAAUCCUAAAUCAGAAGUAAAUAUACCCAAACAGGUAGAAGAAAAAACUAGCCUGCUGGCUAAUGUUGUGCUACUUGAUUCAUUGGACUCUGUCGAAGGUGCAGACCUUGAUGAACAAGAUAAAGCAACAACUAAGCCAAAGGCCCUUCCAGAUAUGACUGAUAAUGAAAUGACAGGAACAGGUAUUUCUUUCGGGCAAAGCAGUAGUGACAUUGAAGCCCUACAUCAGGCCUAUCGUCACAUAGCUCAUUCUUUGGGAGAUGCAGAUGAACACAGAGCUGAGAGUAGUGCAAUGGAAAUUAUCAAGAGCUCAGUGAAAGAUCAUCCUCAGGAAAAUGAGGAGUCUUCAAAACACAUCUCUACUACUGAAUCUGAUCUGCCCACAGUGGAGGAGUUGAUGAAACCUAUCAGAAUAGAUUCUACUGGAGUCAGUAGUUUUGAUUUACAGCCUAUAAGUGCUCCAAAAGUGGCUGAUAGUAAAGACACUGUAAAUGUUCGCUCUUUCCCCGUUAAAAUAAAUGCAAAUGUUAUAUGUCAAGACCCAAGAAAUGUGAACCAACUUCUUGAUAAAAAUGAUGAGAAUGUGAUUUUACAAAAGACAACAAAUAAGAAUAUGGAAAACAGCUCUCCAACAGUAGCUGCUACAGAAGAACAUAUUGAUAAAAUGUAUCUUGAUAUUUUAAGGAAAAAAAUAUCUGUUAAUUCUUCAUUAUUAUCUCAAGAUGACAGAAUUAAUAAAGCUUUUAAAUCUCAAAUCUGUUCUGGAGAAGAAGGAACUGUAAUUGAUAAACAGGCACCAUACAAAAAGGCCAGAAGUGCACCACCUUUGUUUAAAAGAAAACCCCAGAGUGGAUUAUAUGCAUCAGUUAGGAGCUCAGGGUAUGGUAAACCCAGUUCACCACUUAAGUUGUUUUCUACACUUGAAAAGAAAACUUCAAAGGACGUGAAAAGCAACAACAGACCCAUUCCCACCUCAAAUCAAGCUAAGAAAAAAGAAAUAUUAUCUGGAACAAAACUCAUCAAGCCUGCAGCUUUGAGUAAAGCAGCUCCCAAAGGUGAAAAUUGCCUGCCUACUCCCAGGAAGUCUGAAGAUCCUACAGCAGCUGAUUCUUGUGUUCAGUUUCAGAUUGAUUCUUCAGGAUACAGUGAUGAGAACAAAGAGAAAGAAUUAUUUAUGCUUAAAAGGGUUCAGGAAGCAGAAGAAAAAUGGAGGGGUGCAGAAGCCCUAAUUGAGCAAAUUAAAGUCACAUUUUCAGAAAAAGAGAAAGAACUGGAAAAUAAAUUGGAGGAACUAAAGCACCAACAGGAAAAAGAACUGUUCAAGUUAAGUCAAGAAAAUUAUAUUCUUCAAACCAAGUUAAGUAGCUUUGAAGAAACAAACAGAAAACAAAGGUGGUUGUAUUUUGGAGAAACAGCUGAUCCUGUCCAUGGAGAAAAGUUGAGGCAAAUCCAAAAAGAAAUACAGGAACAAGAGACACUUCUUCAAGGAUAUCAACAGGAAAAUGAAAAAUUAUAUAAUCAAGUAAAAGAUCUCCAAGAACAAAACAAGAAAAAUGAAGAGCGAAUGUUUAAAGAAAACCAGAGUUUAUUAAGUGAAUUAGCUUCCUUAAAAGAACAAAUGCACAAAAAUCGUUUCCUAUCUCAAGCAGUUGAAGAUUCAGAGCCUAACAAAAACCAGAGUUUCACAGAUCUCUUAGCAGAACUACGGGUGGUACAGAAAGAAAAAAACGGUUUGUUGGAAGACAUCAGAAGACUGAAGCAAGACAAACAAGCUCUUGAAGUAGAUCUGGAAAAAAUGAAGAAAGAACGAGACCAAGCCAAAGAUCAGAUUGCUUAUACCACAGGUGAAAAGUUAUAUGAAAUAAAAGUUUUGGAAGAAACACAUAAACAAGAAAUCAGUCACCUGCAGAAAAGACUACAGUGGUAUGCUGAAAAUCAGGACCUUCUGGAUAAAGACGCAGUUCGGCUUAAAGAAGCAAAUGAAGAAAUUGAGAAAUUGAAAGUGGAGAUUGAGAAACUGAAAGCUCAAUCUGGGAAUCCAUCUGCUCAGCAGAAGUUACGGUCAAAAGAUAGAGCAACUGAUGCCAAAAAAAUUCAGGAUCUAGAGCGACAAGUUAAGGAAAUGGAAGGAAUUCUGAAAAGAAGAUACCCCAAUUCUUUACCUGCUUUAAUAUUGGCUGCCUCAGCUGCUGGGGAUUCAGCAGAUAGAAAUACAGUGGAAUUCAUGGAAAAAAGGAUUAAAAAGCUAGAAGCUGACCUGGAGGGCAAAGAUGAAGAAGCAAAGAAAAGCCUUCGUACCAUGGAACAACAGUUUCAGAAAAUGAAGAUCCAGUAUGAACAGAGACUUGAGGAACAGGAGCAGCUACUUGCCUGCAAAUUGGAGGAAACACCCCAGAACCAGCAUGAGAAUUCUAGGGUUAAAGCACUAGAAACAGAACUGAAGGACAUUAAAGAAGGCCAUCAAACCAUUGUGAGAAAUCUUGCAGCAGAAAUAGAUGUUCUUAAACGUCAGAAUGCUGAAUUAGAACUCAAGAAAGAUGACAAAGAUGAUAAAGACUUCCAGUCUAUAGAAUUCCAGGUGGAACAGGCCCAUGCGAAAGCUAAACUAGUAAGACUAAAUGAAGAACUGGCUGCCAAAGGAAGAGAAAUACAGGACCUUUCAAAAACUGUGGAGAGGCUUCAGAAGGAGAGAACAAUGAUGCUGUCUAAUCAGAAUACAAAGGGCAGAGAGGAAAUGAAUGCCAGAAGGGUGAAGAAGGAUGUUUUGCCCCCAAAUAAAGGAAAUGCAAACUUCUCUGGAACCCUGGAUGGCAAGCUGUACCAACCACAUACUUUUACGGAUUCCCGUAUUUCAGAGGUUGUACAAGAAAACUACAGAUUGAAAAAUGAGCUAGAGGAAUUAAUUUUGGAGAAAAAUAAGCUGACGGUGGAAUCUGAAGCAGCAGUGAGCCAAUUUGAAAACUCCAUGAAAAGGGUCAAGGAAGACACUGCAGCACACAUUGCAUCCCUCAAAGCAUCCCAUCAGAGGGAAGUAGAGAAACUCCUUUGCCAAAAUGCAGUUGAAAAUUCUUCUUCCAAAGUAGCUGAACUGAAUCGUAAAAUAACAACUCAAGAGGUCCUUAUAAAACAUUUCCAAAGUCAAGUUAAUGAGCUGCAGGGUAAGCAAGAGUCUCUUGCAGUUUCUCAAGUUCGAGAAGAAAUCCUACAGAAAGAGAUUACAAAACUAUUAGAAGAAUUGAGAGAAGCCAAAGAAAACCAUACACCAGAGAUGAAACAUUUCAUGGGCUUAGAAAAGAAAAUCAAACAGAUGGAAAUAAGACAUAAGCAGAGAGAGCAGGAACUUCAGCAGAUAAUACAACAGACAUACCAAGUAGUAGAAACUGAGCAAAACAAAGAAAUUGAGAAGUGGAAAAGACUGGCACAGUUAAAGAAUCAUGAGCUGGACAAGUUCCGCACAGAAUUAGACUCAAUAUUAGAUGUUCUUCGGGAGCUGCACCGGCAGGGAGUAGUUGUGCCAGUUGCUUUUGCAGGUGAAGUGAAUGCACCAGAAUUUUAGUAGAAAUGCAGACUUCAGGUGACCUUGUUUGAAGGCCUGAAGAUGGAUAAAAUUGUACCACUUUCAGGACAGAUUUUAAAAAGUGAGUUCCAGUAUGCUGCCAAAAGGAAACGACACAAACACCACCAUUUCAGAAUAAAUUGCCCUUAACCAACAAGGAAAAUAAAAAGGCAUCCUGAUGUAUUUUAUUGAAGAUCAUUAACUAGUCACAUUUAAAGUGAUUUAUGGACAGGUUCCUUAAUGUCAGAUGAUUAUAACCUUGUAAGAUUUAUUGUAAAAGGUCUUACCUGUAUGCUGAAAAUGGAAGAAAAUUGCACAUACUCCACCACAUUAUUUUUAAACAAAUGUGUAUUCUUAAUUUUCUGUGAGAUAGAAAAGCAGCUACUCUUUCUUAGGAAGCUGGGUAGAGGAAUGUGAGCACAGUGGCAUGGACAAACUGAUCCACUGUCAGUGAGUUCGAGAGCUUUCUCUCAAUAAUUUAGAUGAGAAUUCUAUACUUCCAUAAUGGUAGACAGUGGAUUCUCCUGUGUUCUAGUUUUCCACCCCUUCUUCUAGGUGACUCUUUUUUGUACUUGAUACAAAGUGAAAAGUAUAGGGAAAUUUGAUUUAUCCACUGUUCUAAUCUUUUAGGCUACAGUACGUAAAUGUUGGCCCAAAUUUUUUUAUAACU